CGUCGCUUCUACAUUCGACCUAAGCACCCAAAUCUCUCUACACAAGCCUCAAUGAAACCCUCAAACCAUGUCCAUAUUCCCAUCUUCUGCACUCCUCCAUUGUCCUUCAGCACCAAACGGCAUAGACUUCCCCGCCCACUGGCACCGCUUCACCAACGUUCCAAAUUUCUGGAUUUGCUCCAAAUGCUACGAAGAGCACAUAGCGUCUUCCCCGCUUCUAAUCACCCUAUGUGAGCAAUUCUACGAUGAUCCACUCCCAGGCACGACAUCAUAUUGCGAUUUCAACACUGCGCGAGCGAAACAGCUUUUGCAGAAGACGUUGAGAUCUGGAAAUGCAGAUGAGCUUCUGGCGUUUGCGAAGAAGCGAUCUGAGAUGCCGAUGUGUGAAGGAGACGCUGGCGUGCGAGGCGGAAAAGGUUUGAAUUGGUGGGGCUUGAGAGGAGUUGAGGGAUUCGUGGUAUGUGAGGCUUGUUUUGAAGAUUGGGUUGGUGCUACGCCGUGGGCAGAACGAUUCCAUCUGCGCGAUAGAACGGAACAUGGUGCUGAUGAUCUGUGGAAUUGCGAUUUGGCCGUGCCGUUCAUCAGGAGAGGUCUACUGCAAUAUGCGGCGAGAGACGCGUGGCAGGACUUCGUGGGCGCUUGUCAACGAAGCCUUGCGGCGCCUGCUUGUAGUGGUCUGGUGGUGAGGAGAGGGUCGAGGAAAUGGUUCAGACCGGCUAGACCGCAGCGAAUUGCAAAGAUGCUGGUGUGUGAGAGCUGCUUCUUGAACUACGCUGGUGGCCUGGCUGUUGCCGGGAAUUUCGAGGAAGUGAAGACCUUACCACUCGAAACGGAGACAGAAUGCACAUGUACUUUCAAGCUCCCAGCAUUCAAGGCUUGCAGCGACGCACUGCUUGCGAAGAAACAGGACCUGUGGCAUGAGAUUGUCAUCGAGAUGAUAGCAGAACCAGCAUGCUCAACAGGAGCGAUUACUGAUGUAGACUGGUACGUGUUAACAGAUCCAGACGACUCAAGCGUCGAGGUGCAGGAGUUCGAUGUAUGUGUUGCUUGCUAUGCUGGGCUCUUUAUGGCCACAGAACUUGGACACGUCUUGCGAAGGAAGCGGUAUCCAGUCGGCACAGAGAGGAUUUGCGACUUCAGUCCAACGGCCUCACGAUCCCGGCAGUACCUGCAACAAUGGCGGAGGAUGAAUUUCAUUGGAGAUACCAAUGUCUUCGCGUGUUACGUGAAGCGCGUCUCUUUGCUGCCGUCGUGCCCAGGUUCCUCACCUGUGAAAGACCGAAGGUGGUACGGGAUGGACGAUUUCUACUUCUGCGAAUCAUGUUACGAAGAGAUUGGACGUGGUAGCUUUUUCGCUGCAUCCUUCACUAUCCAGAAUGGAACACAGGCCGAGGCUUACUGCGAUAUGUAUACCGAUAACAUGCGGAGUCGUUACGUCCUUGCUUGCCGGGGAAGGGAUUUGUCCGCGUUCAUCUCGUAUUGCAAGCAGAGAGCUCAAGUCUGGAGAAUGUGUAGAGACAACCUCGAGGUCUCUGCGCAGAUGCAGACCAGCAGCCAGCAGCAAUUGAACGUAGUGGCUUCGACGGGUUUUGUAGGAGAUGUUGGCACGGAAAGAAGCCAAGGUGAUGCAUCUUGGCAUCCACUGACUGUAGGCGCGGAGGCGAUACAUCGGCAUGCUCAAGUCCACGGGCAGCUUAACAUGGCCAAUCAUUCGAAUCCCGUCGACCUCGCCAUAUGGAAGCAAUGGGCAGAGAUGGAAUAAGAUGUUCCCCGUGGACUUGUUUAUAUCCGGUGUCUUGCAUGUCCGUCCUUCACGCCGGCUCGUCGAGUUGUAUGUGUUCGGUUCUAGUAUGGAUCGCAUGUGGUUCCUUUCGAUGCCAUGGCCGAAUUUUGAUGUCGAUACGAUCAGCCUUCGAAGCUCUCACCACUGACUGAGUUGGGGUACCACACUUCAAGAACCCCCAUACAGCUAUCGGCGCAUCGAUUCGUCUUGCUAGCGCCGCGAGAUAGCUAAUGUGCAGAGCUCACUUGCAUCAUGGUGUUCAAUCUUCGGCUACGAAGCUCUUAUCGCGGAUAGGUCAUCGUAUAGCCCACUGCUCUCGCCGCUUUGAUCACUCGUGUCGUUAGGAGGGAAGUUGGAAGUUGUGUCCCGUCGUGGAACACAUCCAGAUGCGU